AUGCAGGAUGCAGGAGCUGGCCAUAAAGUUGAAUCCGAUUGUAGCUCUCAGUUGCUUUUAGAAUCCAUGCAGAUUGUUGAGUACAAAGAUUGUGUUCAAGCCACUAGAGCACUCUCAAGUGAACCAGUUGAGAACUUGAUGCUUCGUGAUCCCAAGGCCAGUCCACACCACUGUGGCAUGCGUAGACGUUGUCUUCAAUUUGAAGGGGCUCAACAGAACACGACAGUGAACAGCCCUGGUUCUUGGAUUCCAUCAAAUAGUACCACUAGUUCAAGGUCAUCUGUGAUCCCUGCCAACUCAGAGUUUCUAGAAUCAUAUUAUGUAGAUGUGCCAGCAACUCCCGCCAACAUGCAACUGGAUAACAUGACCCAACCCACGUUUUUGGCUUUUUCUCCUCGAAAUGAUGGAACUUGUAGUUCAAAAGUUUCAAAGCCCUCAGGCAUUGGCUUGCACUUAAAUAGCAUUGUUAAUGCCAUGCCAGCAGGUUUUGGUGCAAUUGCAAGCAUCAAAUCAGCUGAAAGGGGUUAUUUGAGUGUCAGAGGGAAGAAGUCAGUAUCUAUGAUAAAUCGUCAUCGAUCAGAGAACUUAGAGAAUUGCCUGAUUUCCUCAAAUGUUGUUGAGAGCACUACAGGAAGCAAAGAAGAUGGCAGGCAUGAAAGUCACCCCUCUGUAGCAGCAAGCACUGCCAGAUCUCUGUCUCAUUACAGUGUACAACCUUUGACCAAUGAUGUGCUUUUGAAGCCAAUUGAACAACAAGCAACUGCAUGUGGUGAUAAGAGGAAGUCCAAUUCUGGACAUGCUGACAGUCUUGAGGAGUUUGGUCAUUUUAAUCUGCUUCCUGGCAGUUACUGUGAUUGUUUUGCUGCUGGAAUCUAUUGCGCUGAAACUUGUGCUUGCCAAGAGUGCUUCAACAGGCCUGAAUACGAAGAUACAGUUCUUGAGACACGAGAACAAAUUGAAACUCGAAAUCCACUUGCAUUUGCUCCAAAAGUUAUACAGCGUAACACAGAGCCUCAGGCAAACAGUACUGUGGAGGGUGGAAUCAUUUCGACACCCUCUUCAGCAAGGCACAAACGAGGAUGCAAUUGCAAGAAAUCAAUGUGUUUGAAGAAAUACUGUGAGUGCUAUCAG